AGCUGCGCGCUGGCUGCCAGUGAAAUGCAAUGUGGAUACGGGGACCUCAGUUCUUGCUCGCAAAUGAGCCAAGCAGCUUAUCGUUACACCGCGGCGAGGGCAGCAGGCUAUCCUGGAAACGCAGGGACCACCAGCACUGGCACCACCACGCCAUUAGGGGCCCAUCACACCACUCACUCCCAUGCCCACGCGCACCAUGGGGCCCAUGCAACACCCUGCUCCGUUAUGGCCGCUAGGUCGCAAGACGUACACCGACACGCUGCCUCCAUCUUCCCGUCGGCUAUCAAUCUGCAGAGUGGGCUAGGUUAUAAGGCGUACUCUGGUCACGAUGGCCUCGCGGAGAAGAGAAAACAACGCCGGAUACGAACAACCUUCACCUCUGCUCAACUUAAAGAACUAGAGCGUGCCUUCCAGGAGACACAUUAUCCGGAUAUCUACACCAGAGAAGAAAUCGCCAUGAAGAUCGACUUGACGGAGGCUAGAGUCCAAGUAUGGUUCCAGAACCGCCGCGCAAAGUUCCGCAAGCAAGAGAGGCUCGCCCAGCAGAAGUCGAGCUCGCAGAGCGGCAUCGGUGUGGACAGCGGAGCAUCGAGCCCCGUCGCGGGCAACGUGAAAGCGGAGGGCCGUUCUCCGAGAAGUCCAGCGACGCCACCAGGCAGCUCCAACAGCGUGCUCUCCUCGAACGAAGUGAAACCGAUCGCGAAUCCGAACUUGGUCAGCGUGAAGCACUCGAGCGACACCUCCGCAGAAGGAACCUCGCCGAACACCCGAGGAAGCAAUGGCGGCGGAGGAACAUGGGGCUCCUGUAGCCCCAGGCCCUUCUCCGCGUUACCGCCGUACUUGCUCGAUCCGCUACCGCUGAAAACCGCGAACCUGUACUAAGGCGAUUCGAAUGUCGUUCGAACAAGUUUCCGAACGUUUUGGACUGGUCUGAUUUCGAAGUGGUUCGAAGUGAGGCAGUUGGAAAUUCGCGGUGAGUGUUGGUGACGACGAUAAUCCAUCCCAGCAGAAUCGUGUAAAUAUAGAGAAUAUCGUGUGCUGUUCAGAGGAUGUCGAGGCCGUUCAUGGUGCAAUUGUGAUGGAGAAAACCACGAUUAGGUUAUUUCUUUUCCCGUUACGAGAGUUAGCGAUUCAUGAUUUACUGAACUGAAUUUAGUAGUCCUUAAGCGAACGGCCUCGAAACGCGCUCGAAAAUAGAUGCUGAUAUCUGUGUACCGUCCUAAUUCCUCACUGAUUAAUUAAACAGUGUCCAGCCACCAAGUUACAGAGACGUUUAAAAACAAAACUAGCAGUCCCCGGAGUUGCAAUUAACAACUCCUUAGAUGGACUUACGUCUCGCACUCGAUGUCACUUGCAAUCGUGCGAUUAUUGUGUGUGAACGAUUCUAUCGCUAUAGAUCGUACGAUGCUGAUCACAUAACAAUUGUGGACAUAACACAAGCUCCACACAAUUGUAGAGCUAGCGAACACAGUGACAUUAUGUAUGGGAAGUACGUUCCAUCUUUAACGGUUAAGGUUUUGAUUUUGGACGUCUUGGACAGUUUGCGUGACGAGGGAACCGUUUACGGGACUCUGAACAGCGUCGUUCGUGGAUAAGUGUAUCGAGGACCGGCGCCUGUACAGUUGUUGCUAUAAAUAUAGAAUAUUAGUGUUUUACACCGUAACUAGUACUUACCGUCGAACGGGAACAAGUUCCCAUUCGUCCAGCCAAGACAAAGACGAUGUAGCUCCGACGUAUCAUUGUCCAUUCACAGUAUACAUAAAUCCACAGAAUUAUCCAUUAGCGUGUAAGGAUUUAUUAAGGUCCAUGUAAGGCCGCGUACACGUCGAACGAAGAGUGCAGGUGCCACCUUUGUGAGUGACGGGAAUUUGGAAUGGGGGUCUUCGACAUUUGGAGAAGUUUGCGAGUGCGGGAUUUAGGAGUUGUGGGAAUUUUGGAUUUGGAGGUUUAGGAAUUUCGAGAUUUGAAAGUUGCGAUUCAGGAGUCAAGAGUUAAGAAUUGGGGACUCAGAAGUGGGAUGCUUGGAAGUUGGGGGUUUCAGAGUUAGGAUAUAUGGAAGGAACUUAGGGACUUAGGACGUUUGCGAGUUUAUUGGGGGACUUGGAGAUUAAGAAAUUUGGGAUUUGACUUAGGCUGGGUAUUAGAGAAUUGGACACUUAAGAUUUGAGGACUUGGUAUUUGAGAAUUUGGGUAUUUAAGGAUUUGAGGACUUGGUAUUUGAGAAUUUGCGGAGAAG